CCCUCCCUCCACUCUGCGUGGGGAUCAAGCCUCACUCCUUCACCGUCUUCACGCCUGUCAACACUAGAACAAGUAGAAGAAAACUGCGCCACUGACGUUUUUUAUGACUUUUUGACUGGGAACUUUUUUGCCAAUGUCACCAAGACACCUAUCGUUCGUCAGCACCGCUAUUUGGUCUUUCCACGGAUUAAUUUAAUCUCGUCAGGUUUCGAGGAGGCUGCUGAGUGACGGAGGCUGAAGCCCGGCGGUCACUGUUUGUAUGCGCAGAGCCUGCUCAUGGAUUUCAACCUGCUGACAGACAGUGAAGCCCGCAGUCCGGCGUUGUCACUCUCUGACUCCGGAACUCCGCAGCACGAUCACGGAUGUAAAGGCCAGGACAACAGCGACACAGAGAAAUCUCAGCAGAACCAGCUGGAUGAGACUAGCCCAGAGGAUGGCUCUCUUAAGAAAAAGCAGCGGCGACAGAGGACUCACUUCACCAGCCAGCAGCUUCAAGAGCUGGAGGCGACUUUCCAGAGGAACCGCUAUCCCGACAUGAGCACCAGAGAGGAGAUAGCAGUGUGGACCAAUCUCACUGAAGCACGAGUCAGAGUGUGGUUCAAGAACAGACGUGCCAAGUGGAGAAAGAGGGAGCGAAACCAGCAGGCAGAGUUGUGCAAAAAUGGCUUUGGUGCUCAGUUCAACGGACUCAUGCAGCCCUACGAUGAUAUGUACACGGGUUACUCCUAUAACAAUUGGGCUACCAAGAGCCUAGCAAGCAGCCCACUCUCUGCAAAGAACUUCCCGUUUUUUAACUCUAUGAAUGUAAGUCCUCUGUCAUCCCAGCCCAUGUUCUCUCCUCCCAGCUCCAUCCCCUCCAUGAACAUGGCCUCCAGCAUGGUACCCUCAGCAGUGGCUGGAGUUUCCACAACUGGUCUGAACAACCUGGGCAACCUCAAUAACCUGAACAGCCCCACAGCACUCAACUCAGCAGCAGUGACUGCAGCUACUUGCCCAUAUGCCAGCACAGCAAGCCCCUACAUGUAUAGGGACACCUGCAACUCCAGCCUGGCCAGCCUGCGGCUCAAGGCCAAGCAGCACACAAAUUUUGCUUACCCAAUGCAGAACCCUGUGUCCAACCUGAGCCCCUGCCAAUAUGCUGUGGACCGACCAGUAUGAAGAAGCUCUCUUUGACCUACCUGACCAGCUCUAAAACCACUAUUAACCAAAUCACAUCUUUUUAGUUGCACCAAUCAUGUACCUUUUUGUGCUGCAGACUUGUGGAUUGUUUUAAUACACAAUGAAAACAAGCUUGACUGCUAAAACAACAAAUUGAGACUGAAGAGAAAUGAUCUUCAGUCUGUGGUACAUUGAGAACUGACCACCAGCUUGUAAGAAUUUCUAAAGAUUGUCUUUUUUCAUUAUUCCUUCUUUUCAACUGCUUCAUUAGCGUAAACUCAAAAAGGAAGGGAAAGUAAAACAAGGAUGUUCACAACAUCUUGCCUCAAAAGCAUAUUUUCUUCAGUGAUGGGAAAAGGACCUUAGAAAUAGAGAAUGUAAAUAUUGGACUUUUCCUGUUUUGUAUGUGUCAGAAUAUAUGACAACUUAGUACUUUACAUCAAGAAAAACAUGUGUUUUUAAAAGUAGGCCCAGAGAUGAAUGAGACCAUGAACACGCUCACUUGUUAGCUAUAAUUAAGAAUUCCUCACCCUUUGGAAGGUUGUCAGGCAAAGAGGAGUUUAGACAGGUAACAGAAUGACAAUAUUUGAAAAUAAACACUAUUAAAAUACAAAACCAUCACAUACAUAUAUACAUAUACACAGAGGGGAAACAUGUAAGAUUCUUUAAGUAAAGCUCCCAAAAGCUUUUGACAAUAGAAUUCUGUGGUGUUCUAAAAAAAGAGUUCUUGACUGUAAAAAACGAUGUAAGAGUGCAGUUGUUAUAACAAAGAACUAGCUUUGCCUUUUGUAGCCUGCUUUGUUACAUUAAAGCAUGAAACAAAAACACAUGACCACGAUGCCAUGAUGCCCCAAAUUUAUUUCCAUUGUAACAGUCACUUGGAUGGACGAUGACAGAGAUGUUCCAGUGACUGCUCACUGUUAUGUUUUACCUAUAGGCUCAGGAGGAGUUUAUAAAGGUGGCGGCUGAGCCAAAGCCAGGAAAACAUAUGGCCUCAAAGAACAAGGGUCCGAGUGGAGCCACAAUGAGGGGCCAGCAGCCUAAGUCUUCAUAAGCAUCUGCAAUGGUUUAUUGUUCUGACAUUUCAUUUACUGAUGCUUUUUCUUCAUAGCAAUUUCUAGGUAAGUUUUAAAUUACCUGGCUGUUUUCAAAUAGCUUGUCAUGAGCAUGGAGAGCUCUGAAGACUCUGAAGACAAUACUAAUUGACUCUACAACACUGCCUGUACUUGUUUACCUACGUACUGCUCAUAAAAUAUAUGUGAACCAUUGUUUGUAGUAAACUCAUAUUUCACAUA